AUGGUUUCAAAAAUCACGCGAGCUGCUACUGCAGCAGCAAGAAGAGCGGCUGCACGCAUGCGUGCGGCCGCGGAAUGUGCCUCUCACGCCUCAGCAGAAGGUGAUUCGUCGCCUGUUGUCGUGAAUCCUACACGUGGUGAGUCACCACGUGCGUCAGGUACGUUCGUUGCGUCUGCAUCGGAUGAUGCAUCCGACUCGAAGGCGACUCCUCACGCCUCGGAAUCACCCGGGGCGAACUCUGCAAGAGCCAAGUUGACUGGCUCUGGUCAGCGCGGCAGUAUCAUGACCGAGAUCUUCGGAUCGAGCGAUUGUUCCGACGAAUUCUCGCCUCACGCAAGCCCAUCCAACGAUAGGACGCGUGGUGAUGGUGAUGGUAUCCCUAUGCAUCGCCACUAG